AUGUCCCCCCAAGUAUUUACGCUGAAAAAUGAUGAAGAGUCCAAAACUGAGCCUGACGUAUUCUCCUUCGAACUUUUGCAAAGAACAGAAGGCUCGAAAGUCGUCUGUAAGGAUGCCACAGCUGAAAAGGUUGAUUCUAUAACGCCUCUAGCUCUUGAAAAGGCCUUCCAGAGCUCCGCGAGGAUCAGCCAUCCUGAUACCAGUGAAUAUCUCUGGUCCCCCGCUCAUGGACGACGGUUGGUCCGGUUGGAUGGAUAUAACGAUUGA